CCGAUGACAGUCUUUUCUAUAAAAGACUUUAUGAAGAAUUAUCACCAUUUUCGUGUGUUAGAAUGUUGAAUUCUACAGGGGUCAUUGGAUGUCAAUCAUUAAAACCAGUAACUGGACUAUUAUAUCCAAUAAAUACUGCUGACGAUAUUAAAACAUUUAUUGGACGAGACUUGAAUGGCAAAUUUGCUGUUGUUAUGCCUUAUGAGUUGAUGAAAAU